UCAAGUUUGUGUGCUUGGCACACGCCUCUUGUCUUCUCUCUCCCCUCCUCCCUAGCUUUCACCUUCUCCUUAAUUUGGUAUAAUUCCUUUCUCUCUCUCUCUCUCUGUAGGUGUGUCCUGUCACUUAACCUCUCCUCUCGUAGUUAUAUAUAGAGGAUGAUGGUGUUGGUGAAGAUGAUAAUCAAUGAUGUGAAGACAGAGGUUAGAAGUACAUAGGUCUUUGCUUCAAGACAAGCUGAUUCGAGAAGAAAAAAGAUGGCGACCAACCUUUUGUUAGCUCUCACAUCUUUAAUACUCAUCACGGUGUGUAACGGAGCUACCCCAGCACCUCCGCCUCCAAUAACAGACGCGGUACUUACUAAAGUGGCCGGUUCUCUGAAAAUGUUCGUGGAUGAGCUGCCGCAGAUGCCCAAGCUCUUGGGUUACUCCUACGAAGAAGACUCUUAUAAGCCUUGCAGUCUCACCAUCGGCAUGUAUGAGAAAAAAUGGAAAUUCCACCGUGAUUUGCCUCCAACGACGGUCUUCGCAUUUGGGACAUCUCAAGCUACGGCAACUGUACCGGGUCCCACAAUUGAGGCCAUCAAGGGGGUCCCAACGUAUGUGACGUGGCAAAAUUACCUCCCUCAAAGCCACAUACUACCCUGGGAUCCGACCAUCCCCACCGCCAUCCCCAAGAAUGGUGGGGUCCCAACCGUAGUCCAUCUCCACGGUGGGGUCCAUCCCUCGGGAGAUGACGGACACGCCCUUGCCUGGUUCACCUCUGGUUUCCGAGAGACCGGAUCCACCUGGUCCAAAGCCACAUACACCUACCCAAACGUCCAACAUUCUGGAAAUCUAUGGUACCAUGAUCACACGGUGGGUUUAACACGUGUCAAUUUGCUGGCGGGACUGAUCGCCGCUUACAAUAUCCGGGAUCCCACCUUAGAUGCAUCCUUGAACCUCCCAUCAGGACCAAAAUUUGACCGAAACUUGAUGAUCUUUGAUCGGAGCUUCAGCACGGACGGUUCCCUCUACAUGAAUUAUACGGGAAUUGUCCCGUCCAUUCACCCUCAGUGGCAACCGGAAUAUUUCGGCCACGCAAUCGUCGUCAACGGUAAGGCCUGGCCCUUCAUCCGGGUCCAGAGACGCAAGUACCGGUUCCGGAUUAUCAACGCUGCGAACGCACGUUACUUCAAUCUCUUCCUAAGCAAUGGCCUCUCAUUUACCCAAAUCGGAUCUGAUGCUUCGUACCUACCCGCACCCGUUCAGACACAAAGCAUCCUCCUGGCACCAUCCGAGAUUGCUGAUGUCAUCAUUGACUUUUCAACCUCCAAAGCCACUAAUAUAAUUUUGAAAAAUAACGCGAACUACCCGUACCCGAAUGGUAGCAGUGUGGAUAACCUCAACUCAAAUGUCAUGAAGUUUGUCAUUACACCAGGAAACCCGACUGUACCCGAUACCUCCACGAUCCCAGCGAGCCUAGUGACCUACAAGGCAUCGACAACAGAUGCCGCAGUGGCAACAAGGUACAUUGUAUUGUACGAGUACACCGACUCAUCCGGGUCGAGCACACACCUCUAUAUAAAUGGGAAGAGAUUUGAGGAUCCGGUAACGGAGACACCCAAGUCCGGCAGUACCGAGAUAUGGCAGGUGAUCAACUUGACAGCAGACGAUCAUCCAUUACACAUACACUUGGCUACGUUCCAAGCAAUCAAGAUUCAGAAACUUACAAAUGUCACCCAAUUCACCAACUGCAUGACCCAGAACAACGAUGCCAUCGCGUGCAAUGUGGGUUCCCACCUAACCGGGUCAUUGAUGGACGUACCCGCUACAGAGAAGACAUGGAAGAACGCAGUGAAGAUAUCGCCGGGAACCCAAACAUCCGUCGUCGUCAAAUUUAAUCUGGUCGACACCAAUUCACCAUACCCGUUUGAUGCCACGACUCAACCGGGAUAUGUUUACCAUUGUCAUAUUCUGGACCACGAAGAUAAUGCAAUGAUACGGCCAUUUCAAUUGGUCUGAAUUGAUGGGAAAAAAGGCGAAGAGACAAGUUUGAUGCUAUAAUACUAUAUUGCUUAAGUGAUAAUAAGUACCUAAUGGUGGCACAAAUCAAUUCUUGAUCAAUUGUAUCUUAAGUUUGAAGAUAAUGUAAUUUAUUUCUCUCUCUCUCAUUGAAAACCAACAAGGAAAAAUGAUGUUGAACCUCUGUGGAUUUGAUUAGAAUGAGCAAACAGUCACCUGAGGCUGCACUUGGUUCAGAUUCUCAUUCCGUUAUUUCUUCCCAUUUUAAUCCGAAAAAUAUAAAUUCUAUUUAUGGUUGUAAACUUGUGGGACUAGGAAGGAAAUGCAAAAUAGCAUUCAGUCCAUUUUG